UUCAGGGUACCCUAGGUACCAACUCAGGAUAUGGGUUGUGAUUUGUUUUUUCAAUUUUUUCCCUCACAGAUUUCCCGAAAUUGAGUUUUUUCAGCAGUCAAAAGUAAAGGAAAUGAUGCUUCAUAUACUUUUCUGUCACGCCAAAAAGAAUGAAGCCCUGAGUUACAAACAGGGAAUGCACGAACUCCUUGCUCCAAUUGUGUUUGUUCUGACCGAAGACACUAUGAUUAGUCAGCAUCUUGAAGGUCGAACCUUGGAAAUGGCCAGAUUUCUAAUGGACCCAAAUUUCUUGGAACAUGAUGCAUUUGCUCUGUUUGUUCAGCUCAUGGAUCAAACAGAAACAUGGUAUCUUCAGCUUCCAGUCAAAGGUCUUCCUGAGAGAAAUAAAUUUCUGGACCCUCACGUUGAACCAUUUACGGAUCAAGAACUUAUGCCUUCCACAGCCAUCGUCAAGAAACUGAAUCGAAUACAGGAGCACAUGUUGAGGAAAUAUGACCCAGAACUGUGGGUUCACAUGAAGAAUUUAGACAUUACACCUCAAGUCUAUGGACUUCGCUGGAUUCGCUUGUUGUUUGGUCGUGAGUUUCCAAUGGACGACGUUCUGGUGAUCUGGGAUGCUCUGUUCGCGGAUGGGCCUAUGUUAGACUUGGUAGAUUAUAUUUACAUCAGCAUGUUGGAGGCGAUCAGAGAUAAACUCCUUUCAGGGAGCUAUUCGGCCUGCAUGGGUUAUCUGAUGAAAUUUCCCCGUGUCUAUGAUGACGUUUACCGUUACGUCAAAAGUGCGUUGGUAAUGAGAGAAAACAAGCCAUCAUCAGCUCGAUCCAGUCCCCGGCUGUCACGUGCGUCAGCGCCUCGCCCCAUAGAUUCAUCCGGGACACUCCCUAUGAGAAAGAAACCGGGACCAAAGAAAGCGCCGUCUGCUUUCACAUCGUUCACCAAGCGAUAUCAGCAGUUUAUGGAACCAACCAAGCAAAUAUCUGAUAAGCCCACAGAGAAACCGCUGAACCAAAAGACGCUGAGUAUUAACAGCAAUGGUAAGUUACUACCCUAACUAUAAGUCUUUUUAAAUAUACCAAAACUUAUAAGACGAAAUCUUGUAAGUAACUCCAAACGAAUAGUUAUCAUUUUGAGAACAGUGUUACUGUUUUUAUGUACAAUACAAU